AUGAUACUCACUUCUUGUUUGCGAACAGAAACCUUGGUCUUUGACCAUCAGUCCUUGUAUCAACGUCGUGGUGAUGACGAUGAUGCUUCCGGAAGUGUGUCUUUGUUGGACCAGAUCCCAGAGGACCUGAAUUCCGGGUCCACCUGGGACAUGGAGGACGAGUCCCAACAGUCCCUCAAUUCCUCCAUGAAUGGGUCCCCCACGAAAUAUUCCCCCAUCAGUGCCGAGGACUCGAUAGAAGAUGUUUACGAGAUCAAGUUUUCCAGGAGACGAGGAAGCCUGGGUUUGAAUCGACUUUCGUCGAGCAGAACGUCGCAGAACUUCCCUAUUCUGGAUAAUAAUAACCAUCAUCGAGUGACGAUGUCGAAUACGACGAUGACGACCAGUAGAAAGAACCAUCAUGAGCACAGUCAUGCUUUGCCAGCCAUCAAUAUUUUGGAUGACAAGGAAUUCGGGAUGGAUUUGUCAGUGCAGAAAGCAGCUGGGGGCAAAGGGAUUCAGCUGAAUAUUCACACACUGCCGAAUAUUUACAUGAGUUUGAUGAUUGCCAAGGAAGAUGUUCAUCGGGACGAGUCAUCUCCGGAAUUCGAUCGUGUCAAGCUUCCCAGUCUCCCUGCGGUGCAAUUUGAAGAAACCGAAGUGAAAACUGUUCCA